AUCUUCCUCUUCUCCUUCUUCAUCUUCUCCCCCUUCAUCUUCUUCAACUUCUUUUUCUCCUCCUUCUACUUUUUCUCCUCCAUCAUCAUCAUCAUCAUCUUCUUCUUCUUCUUCUUCUCAUUCUCCUUCUUAGUCUUGUUCUUCUUCUCCUUCAUCUUCUUCUCUCCAUCUUCUUCUUCAUCGUAUUCUUCUUCCCCUCCUUCAUCUUCUUCGACUUCAUCUCCUUCUUUUUCUCCUCCUUCUACUUCUUCUCCUCCUCCUCAAUCAUCUUUUCUUCUUCUCCUCCUUUAUCAUUUUCUUCUCCAUCUUUUUCUUGUGCUUUUCAAUCUUCUACUUCUUCUCCAUCUUCUAUUUCUUUUUCUUCUUCUCCUUCCUCUUUUUUCUUUUUCUUCUUCCUCUUUUUCUUCUUUGUCUUCUCCUUCGUAUUCUUUUUCUUCCUUCUCUUCUUUUUGCUCUUAAUCUUCUUCUUAUGAGUCUGGGAAAAAUAGGUUGUUGACGAUUGAUGAUUUUUUUAGUCAACAAAAUGAACACUACUGUAGUCACAUGAUCCUCAUUGGACUGGAUUCAAUCUUGAUUGUCAUAAAUAGUGAGUUGAAAAACUGAUCUGACACCAUGUUGACGCCAGUCGCGAUUGUUUGUGCUGCACCGCCCUCGUUUGGUCAGAUCAAGUGGGAAGACCAAAAGAAGUUCUCCUUCAGCUUUAAGGGGUUCUUCGGGGACCCCAAAGCAAUGAAGGCCGGUGUCCACUUCACUGCCUCCAAGGGGAAGUUGGACUUGUACAACCAGAAGAUUUUGGAAAAGCGAGAACUGCAGUACAAAGAAAAGCUAGCCCGCAAGCAAGGCAAGAAGAUGAUGUUCUCUCCAGCCACGGCAGUCAACAGUGAGCCCAAGAAUGUUUGGAUUUGUGGUCAUUCGCUGGUGUACUGGGCAGAGAUGCGGGCCACGUCUCCAGAGGUAGGUAUACAGCUGGGCUUGGACCCAAGCAAGGUAGCUAUCUGGUGGAAGGGGGUCCAAGGCAUGACGUGGUCGCAGCUGCUCCCUCUGCUGCACCAGCUCAAAGUCACCUGGCCCGACCCCCACGUCCUUGUUAUGCACCUGGGGGGCAACGACAUGUGCACCGACAGUCCUACCAACCUGUUGGCCUCUGUUAAAAAGGACUUGACCUCCAUGAGGACCAUCUUCUCUCACACCCUCCUCAUUUGGUCCAAUAUCCUUCCCCGUUGGGUGUGGCGCCACUCGGCUGACGCCAAUGAGGUAGAUUUGGUCCGAAGCACGGUCAACCGCAGAAUCCAAAACAUAGUCUCGGAGUUAGGCGGCGUUCUUUUGGCUCAUGACAACAUCCGCUGUGGCUCACACAAGGGCUUGUACCGGCCCGAUGGCAUCCAUUUGUCCCACAAGGGGAUCGACCUGUUCAAUUUGAACCUGCAGGAUUAUCUAGAGAAGUGGGAGGGAGAAAUUAACAACACCUCCGACUAAGAGAGUGCUUACUUCGUCAGCUUGGCUUCUGUUUGUUGAUUGUAUUGUUGUUGUUUUUUAAUUUUUUAGCUUUAAUCAUGGGGGAAGACAUCCAAACAAACACAACAUUUGAAAUAAAUGAAACCAAUAAAUCCUAUGACAACAGUU